AUGUCAAAUACAAGCAGUAAUUCGAAUGUACUCACAACUGUAACUGUACCAACAUAUAGUGGAACAAGUGUAAAUGAAAUUCCUUUGAUUAGGAGAUUCUGGAUGUAUCUCAUAUCAAAUUGUGCAUCAUUUAUUUGCUCUGUUUUCGUGCUCUAUUAUUUACUAUUUGAUAAGAAUCUCAGACGUGGACUUCAUAACCAUGCUCUCAUAGUUGGUCUUAUCAUCAAUCUUUUUGCGCUGGUAUUAGAUAUUCCAUUGGUUUUAUAUCGUCUAUAUUAUGGAAUUGUUUUGAUACAAGUACCAUUUAUUUGUCAACUUUGGAAAUAUAUUGAUACUGUAUCAUAUACAGUAUUACCUAAAUUAGUCGGAUGGGCUUCACUUGAACGGCAUAUUAUGAUUUUUAAUGAACGGCGAUUUUUACGAUCAAAGAAUCGUAUUUUAUUUCAUUACAUACCUAUAGGUGUAGUUGCUGGUUAUCAUAUUCUUCUCUAUAUGAUAAUAGAUUUCUUUGUACCAUGUCAAAAUACAUUUGAUUAUACACAAAAUUACUGUGCAUAUCAGAGUUGUGUAUAUCAAACUGCAUAUGCUAUUUACGAGUUAUCCACAAAUGGAGUAUUCUCAUCUGUCUGUAUUGCUUUCUUCAGUAUCGCACUAAUUGUUCGUGUUAUCUAUCGCAGAUAUCGUAUACAUCGACAUGUAGACUGGCACAAGCAUCGAAAACUAACGCUUCAACUUUUAUUUAUUGUAUCAAUAUUUUAUAUCCUUUAUUUUCCUUUGAUUAUAUUAGGUAUUUGGCGUUAUAUUAUCGGUAUAAAGAGCUUUGGUUCUCAAUAUUAUGUAUACGGAAGCUUUUUUUCUGAUUAUAUAAAUUUUCUCUUUCCUUUUAGAAUAAAACUAUCUGCUAUUGCUCCACGUACAGUGAAUAAUCUGCAACAACCAACUGGCCAAACACCUAUUACAGCAAAUAUUGCUUAA